AGGGUGGACCAUCCAAAGGCAGGAGGACAGAAUGUUGUUGCAUCUGCUGCUACUGCUGCCUGUGCUGUGGGGAGUGCCCAUGGCUCAGGAUCAGAUCUAUCAGCUGGAACUACUGGCAUCCGUGACAGUGCAGGAGGGCCUGUGUGUCUUCGUGCCCUGCAAAUUUUCCUAUCCUUGGAUUUCAUUUGGAACCCUCCACGUGUUUUGGUUCCGGAAAGGGGCGGAUAGAAACCAAGAUCUUCCAGUGGCUACAAACAAACAAGAACAGCAGCUGCAGGAGAGCACUCAGGGCCGGUUCUUCCUCCUUGGAGAACCCCAGGCCCACAACUGCUCCCUGAGCAUCAGAGAUGUCAACAUGGGGGACAAUGGAACUUACUACUUUCACAUGGAGGAUGCCUUGAGGAAACACUCAUAUCUAGAUAAGAUGCUCUCUCUGCAUGUGACAGCCCUGACCCACAGGCCCGACAUCCUUACUUCAGAGCCCCUGGAGUCUGGCCGCCCUGGGAACAUUACCUGCUCUGUGUCCUGGGCCUGUGAGUAGGGCAUGGCCCCCAUAUUCUCCUGGACAUCUGCUUCCCUCACCUCCCUUGGCCCCAGGACCCACCUCUCCUAUGUGCUCACCCUCACCCCACGGCCUCAGGACCACGGUACCAGCCUCACCUGUCAGGGGAAGUUCCCUGCAGUUGGCAUGACCAUGGAAAGGACCAUCCAGCUCAAUGUCACCUAUGCUCCACAGAACAUGGUCAUCAGCAUCUUCCAAGGAAACAGCACAGACCUCAAGAUCCUGCAAGACGCCUCGACCCUUCCCGUCCUGGAGGGCCAGACUGUGCGGCUGCUCUGUGUGGCUGACAGCAACCCCCCUGCAGAGCUGAGCUGGUUCCAGGGGUCCCCAGCCCUGAACGCCACCCCCAUAUCCACCACCGCCAUCCCGGAACUGCCUACCAUAGGGACUACAGGAGGAGACUUCACCUGCCUCGCUCGGCACCCACUGGGCUCCCAAAAUGUCUCUGUGAGCCUCUCCGUGGUCUACCCCCCACAGCUGCUGGGACUCUCCUGCUCCUGGGAGGUCCAGGGUCUGCACUGUGGCUGUUCAUCCCAAGCCCAGCCAGCCCCCUCCCUGCGCUGGCAGCUGGGGGAGGGUCUGCUGGAGGGGAACAGCAGCAACGCCUCCUUCACGGUCACCUCCAGCUCCGAGGGUCCCUGGGCCAACAGCUCCCUGAGCCUCAGCAGGGGGCUCAGCUCCUGCCUCAGACUCAGCUGUGAGGCCACGAAUGUCCAUGGAGCCCAGAUUGCCACUGUCCUGCUGCUGCCAGGUAAACCAGAACCCAGGGCUGGCAGGGUCCUGGCAGCAGUUGCAGGAGCUGGCAUCACGGCCUUGCUUCUCUGCCUCUGUCUCAUCUUCAGAGUGAAGACCUGCAGGAAGAAGGCAGCCCAGCCAGUGCAGAGCACGGACAACGUGAACCCAGUCAAGGGCUCAGGCUCCGGGGCUCAUCGCCACCAGUUCUGGACAGACUCCCCUUCAGACCACCCAGCCCCUGCUGGGGUGAGCCCCAUCUCGAGAAAGGAACCAGAGCUCCACUAUGCUUUCCUCAGAUUUCACAAGCCUCCCAAAAAAAAAGACAUCAACAUCGAAUAUGCAGAGAUCAAGACACACAAAUGAGGGAUUUUUAUCUCACAGUUCUGGAGGCUGGAAGUCUGAGAUCAACAUCAGCAGGGUUGUUUCCUUCAGAGACCUCUCUCCUGGGCUUUCAGACAGCUGUCUCCUCCCUGUAUCCUCACUUGGUCUUCCCUCUUCUUAUAAAUGUUUCUUCUUCUUAAAACGAUACCAAGU